AGAUUCUGCGAAGGUUUGGAAUGUGAAUCUAAGGAGGAUCUUCUGAAAGUAAUCCGACAAUUACAAGAUGAGAACAGACGUUUUUCAAUGUCCAAAUAUUCUGGAUUGCCAUCAGCUGCAGUUGUUUCUUUACAAGAUGCGGCUGUCACUACAAGCAGAUCUCCCCUUUUCACAACAAAUUCACCUAAUGAGCAAUGUGACAUCUGUUCCUCUCAACCUUGCUAUAAUGGAGGAACUUGUCAUGUCAGUGCAGCUAGUCCUUGGAAAUCCUACUGGUGCGAAUGUCUACCAUCAUUUGCUGGAACACAAUGUCAGACUCCAAUUGUCUGUCAGCCGGACAGCUGUGGACGAAAUACGAGUUGCUAUGUUGCUAACCAUCAGCUGAAUUGUAUUUGCAAGGACGGCUACAGCGGUAAAACUAUGCCUUUUUUGCUCUUUGCUGAUUACUUGAAAGCAUUCACAAACGUUUUUUUUCAGGAGAUCCAAGACGAGGAUGCACAAUGA